AUGCGAGGUCUACAGAUCGAAACAAUCGAAGACCUAGCCGCGUCGUCAGAAACAACCCUCCCAACAAUGACAAACACGCACAACCCCAAUCUCAACCUCCGCCUCUCAAUCCUCCAAACCGACCUCGCCCGCAGCCAAUACAUAGUUCGCAGUCUUUUACGAGUCCGACUAGCUAAAAUAACAAAAUACAGCAUGCACUACCUAGUGCUGCUAGCCUCGCGCAACAAAAACCCCCUCGCAUCGCAAACACAAUCAACCGCCUCCUCGCAGAACCCGAACCAGCAGCCCGAGGACUCGGUACCGGACUUAUCAGAGCUGACGGAUCUGGCCCCGCUGUCGGAGCCAGAAUCGUCGUUUCUGCAUGCCCACCAGACGCUCCUGGCGGGCCACUACGCGGGGUCGUUUAUGGGGGCAUUCCCGCGCCAGCUACGGCGGUUGGAUGAUAAUGCCGGUGGGACAAGUAUGGUCCAGGGGCCGGAGUUGAGAGAGGUUGUUUUUGUUCGGUGUCUCGGGGCGGACGUUCCAGUUGUUGUUGGCGGAGAGGAGGAGGAAUAUGAGACGGGGAUUACGAUGCGGAUGGGGGAUGUUUGGGUUGUGAGAUGGGAAGGAGUUAAGGGGGCUUGGGGGAGAGGGGAGGUGGAAUUGUUGUGA